GAACCCUCGUCACAAUGGUACUUUAGGGUAAAGCACGACAAAAUCACAUACUUCCUCAAUGCCACCUCCACCGACAAUUUAUCAAACCUGAAAAAGAACCUGGUGAAACUAAUGCCAGAGCAUUAUCGUCGAGACCCGAAACGUAUACGGCUGUCGGUGUCGGACGGACUUGGCCCGCCUACGUACACGCCGCUCGAUAAAGAUAAUGAAACGUUGGUGAAGUUGGGGUUGCAGGAUGAGCAGGCAUUAUUUGUUAGUUUUUGGGAUGAGGAAGAACCCAAAUGGAAACCAGUACUUGUAGAGUACCCCGAUCCAAUGGCCGGUGAAGAAAACGAUGACGAGGACUCCGACGAAUUGGAAAAAUUGGAAACUCAGUUGGAAAAAGUGGCCUUGUCACCUUCGUCACGGAAAAAUGAUUAG